AUUGAUCGGGUGAAUAGCAUUGUUGAGUUGAUCUCCGAGCUCAUUGAUCCAUCUAUCGAUACUAGUACCCUGCCUUGUAUCAAUGUUGAUCAGCCGAAUGAACCUGAAGUGGAAGUCGCCAAACUGUCUCGAUCGGAGAAACGAAGGCUUCGUCUUCAGAUUGCUUCUCUUGAUAUCCGUUUGAAUGAACUUAAUGAAUCGAUAUACACAUGUAUGUCAAUGAAGAACUUUUCGAAGAUCAACCAGUUGACAAUGGAGCUUGCUGAAUUAGAGACUGAAAAGUCUAGACUAAUUCAGAAAAUUCAGGACGGGAUAUUGCCGUGA